GGAGAAAGCUUCAGAGAGAGAGAGCAGAUGAAUAGUACAGUUUCAUUUAUGCAGCCGCAGCAACAACCUUCACAGUCACGCCAUGGCAGCGAGUCCUCCGCCCUCUCUUCUUUGCCAUGCCCUUGGUGUUGACUGUACUGUGUCUGUGUGUACUCUGUCCUCUUCUGAAACCGUCCAUAAAGAAGAACAGAGUUGGCUUCAACCCAUCAGUAUACUCCAUUCCAUCAAUAUAUUCUCGGAGUACGGACAAGAAGAAGGGAACCCCAUUUGCAGAGUGGGCUGACAGGAAGUAGAAAGCUCCCUCUUUUCCUUUGAAAUUUGAAAACCUGCGAGUUGAUUGCAUCCAUGCCAAUGGCUUCCAAGCGCAGACGAGGAGCCGUGAAGCUUCAGCAUGGAUCCUUCCGGUCGGCGAUCCCUCGGUUUUUCAAGGUCAUGGUGGGCGAGUCGCUCGAUCGCAGUAGAAUCGAGAUUCCGCCAAAGUUUAUCAGAAAAUACGGGGAUCGUCUCCCGCAUUUGGUGCUGCUCAAGGCCCAGAAUGGCGAGUCCUUCCGAGUGAAAGUGGAAGAGGCUGAAGGGAAAGUUUGGCUCGGGAGAGGCUGGAGAAAGUUCGAAAGCCACUAUGCUAUAAUGGAGGGAUCAUUUCUCGUGUUUCAACUGGAACGCAGCGAUGUCCUCCGUGUGCUGAUAUUCGACUCGAGUGCCACAGAGAUUGCUUACCCCCCUGCAAACCGUAGUCACAACCAACGGCCGAUGCUGAACAAUGAGGCAGAGGAAUCUGGAGAUGAUGAUGAUGAUGCUUUACUGGAGGGCAGAGAUGCAUCUGAGCCUGCGCAGAAGAGAAGCCGACGUAGUCGACGGUUUCAACGUUCAAUGCCUACUAAACAACUCCCGAUCGAAGACAGUGAUGAUUCUUCUACAUAUUUGCCGAGUGAGCAAUCUGCAGAAUCAGAAUCUGAAACUGAAAGUUCAGAACUUGAAUAUAGGAGGACUACAAGUAGAUGGAAACGGGCGACGCUGGGCCAGUCAUUGCGAGGGGUAACUGGUCCGAGGCCUCGAAUUGUGGAGAAGCCUCUACCUCCGAGUUCUCACAAAGCGCUCGAGGUAGCAAAGAGGUUCCAACCUAAGUGUCCUGGAUUUCUAGUCCGGCUGCGAGCAUCGUACGUGAGGAGCGGAGGCAUAAGCAUAAAUUCCAAAUUCAUGAAGGAGAACAACUGCAGAACCGGGGAGGGUCUUGUGUAUUUGAUGCAUAGGGAACAGCCGUGGCCCGUGAAGAUGUUUUGCUAUACAGAGGAACACCGAGGCAAGUUCUGUGCUGGUUGGCUUAAGUUCCUAAAGGAGAAUCAUCUUCGCAAUGGAGAUGUCUGUGUUUUCGAGCUCGUCAAGAAGAAUGUCUUUGAAGUUCACUUCUUCAGGUGUUCAGCUUAUUCUUAGUCUGAUCGAUUUGAGCUUGAUGACUCGGUUGAGGUCUGUAGUUUGUCUCUUUCGAUAUCGGUAUUGCAGUUGCUUAGGUAGUCUAUUACGAACUCCAUUAUCAGUUUACUCUAGUAUGUCAUUUGUUCUGUGUCGGGAUGAUUCCUUUCAUGCUUCAGUUACGAACUCCUUUAUCAGUAACUCUAGUAUGUCUUUUGUUCUAUGUCGGGGAUGAUUCCUUUCAUGCUUCAGUUACGAACUCCUUUAUCAUUUAACUCUAGUAUGUCUUUUGUUC